CCAAUCAUCUGCGUUCUUAAAUUUGAACUAGAAGCGGGUGGUGUUUGGUCGUCGUAUCUUUGGUAGAAAAUCAGAAAUAAAAUUAUCUAAAUGAGUUAAGAUCGACAUUAUAUCCUCCAAGUGGACUAAAUUAGCAUUGUGGCUGGAACCCACGAGAUUUUUAUCGGGUGCUGCUUCUCUCGUUUUUCUUUUGGCGAAGUCGAAUCGGAUUCUCAGCUAGCUUUCUGAGUUGGCCGUUUGAAGUUUGAACCCCUUUCCGAGUUGGCUAAAAUUGUAAACAUGCAACCAUCCAAGCCGCUGUAUUUGAAGACAUACAGUAAGCGGGCGCGGAAGUUAACCGCUUGGAUUUUACCCGAAGACCACCAACGUGGACGGAUCUUCGACAGCACCCCAUGUUCGGAUGACACAUCCGCGUUGGAGCCUGAGCCCACACAGCGGAGGCCCCGAAAGAAGCGAACAAUAGCUGGCAUUAACAAAAAAAUGCGUUCUGCAAAGAGAAAAGCCUUGUUGUGUUUGACUGAAAAGAGUGAUGCUGGUGAUCUGAGUGAUGAAGAGAACGUCUCCCCUCCCAGAGGGAGGCACACAAAAGUGGGAGUUCCCAAAGAACAACGUUCUGCAAGGGGAAAAGCCGUGUCAUUUGUAACUGACCUGCGUAGCAAUGAAGAAAAUGUGAGUGAUGAAGAGAACGUCUCCCCUCUCCACUCUGUGCCAGCUUACCAGAGCAGGGAAACCCGUCAUGUGUCUGCACCGGUUUUUACAAGGCAGAGAGUUCUGAGGUUAUUGAGCAGGAGUAUCAGUAAAAAGGAAACAUCAGCACUGAAAGUUUCUGCUAAAUGGAAAAGUGGUGGCCGCUUCGUAACUCGUCGCAGGUGCGCAGCUUCUGCCAAACCCCGGAUCAGCACAGACUCCUCCAAUGAAUUUACUUGUUCCAUCAGGACUCGCCAGGCUGUUAGGAAAAAACAAGUUAUUUCGCUGUUCGGUCUUUCCAGUGCCGAGAGCUCGGUGAACCUUCCAGGAGUUUCCAGCUUUGCUACUGCCCCCUUCAGAGAAAUAUCCCUGAAUGAGUCAGGGGACCACAGCCUGGUACCCUGCUCCAGAAAACCCAUCUUCUGCUCCACGCCCUCAGCAGCCUCCUGUAGAAACCGAGGAAACUCUAAACCAAAUCAGGUCACCACUCCCCCUUCUGUCUCAGUCAGCCGCAUAGGUGCUUUUAACAGUUCUCAAGGAGAUCUAGAUCCAACCAGGCAGCCCCUCUCCUCGCCACAAUCCGCAUCUCUUUCUGGACUUUCAGACAACAAUAAAGAUCGGUCUCUUGAUUUAUUUCUUGAGCGUGAGAGAGGUAGCCUUGGUGAAGGAGCCAGAAGUCUGAGUGGAUGCUCAGGGUCUAAGUGGGACGAGGAGUUUCCCAGUUUAGAGCCCCUCUCCGCAGACAAUGAAAGCAACAGCCACUUUGUAUCUGCAGCAGGAAACGUAGAGUGGCUAAUACAGCCUCUGAAACAGAAAUGCUUAAGCACACGUUGCACAAUUCACCUGGAGAGGUUGGCACACCUACCUGUGACUCGGCUUUGCAAUCAGACAACGUACUCAUCCUGUGUGGAGCAUUCAGUUCCAGUCGACAGCCAUCCCUGCAAAACCCCACCUGUGGACAGUAGUCAGAAUACUAAUGCAGAAUCGCUCCAACGUGAAGACUCUGUGAUAAAUAAACGACGCAGUGAUAAUUUAGGGUCCGUAAAUAGUUUACACCUUUACCUUUCCAAUUCGCUGAGUGACGAAUCAAAUCAUCUAUCAGCAGGUGGCUGCGAGAAGUCAGAUGAACUCUCCAACAUUAAAGCACACUCAGAGGAGGAGGAGUCAGUGAUUUAUAUUGGCUCCCACCAGCUCACAGACCACAAAAGUGAGAUUCAAAUGGACACACAAGUCCUACCUGGAAACGCAGCACAAACACCGCUCACGGAAAAGGAGAAAGCAAAGGAAAGGAGCGUUUGUGUAAAAUCGCAUGUUAUUUUACGAAGACGCCGGUUGUCACAGCAGCAACUCGUAAGUUUUACUCAACAAAAAGAUGUCGCUACAACUCGGGAGACAUUUCUUAAUCAACCUGUCAACCGGCCAGAGGAAGGAAGUCCACCCUUUCUUAGAGCAGCAGCUAAGAGAAAACACAGCAGUUGUGAGAAGGCAGCAGGAUCGACUCCACUGCUGAAGAAGAAACGCCUGAGAACAAAGAGAACAGUCAAACCAAAAGUUGUUCCACCUAAACCUUCAUCAGGUGUGUCUGAGUCAGCCAUCGAUGAGCAGACUGGGAUCAGCCCGCUGUCUGAGACGGACAAGAACGCUGCCAAAGUCGGCUCAAAAUAUGGAAGCUCUGUCGGCUCGACGGCCUCAGACAAAGAUGCUGAAAACUAUAAACCCGUCCCCACAAGGGAGAAGAUGCCUUUGCCUCCUAAAAAUAAGAAGAAGAGUGUGUUCAAACAGCAAAUGGGGACCACAAGGAAGGCGUGUGUGAGUGGGAGGAGUGUGAGCCGCUGGAAGAACAAAGGCUGCGAUGAUGCAUUCCUAUUCAGAGCGGAGAAAAGGGGCAACACCGACCCUGUGGACUGCAGCAUCAACGAGCUGAUCUCAAAGCAGUACAGUCAGUCAAAGUUUGGAGUUGAGAUGAAUUUCUCCACCCCGAUGAGAGCGGCUCAGCGCGACAUGCUGACGUCUCUGGUGUCUGAUCUCUCUUCAAGAACACCCACCUGGAGCCGACUCAAAUCGGCUCUCUCUGUUCAUCGUAAGGUGCAACUCACUCCAAGCAGGUUAACUUCAGCAUCGUUGGGGACUCCAUCGAAGUUCAGGCUAGCGGACGUCAGCCUGGAUCUCUUUGCCACCCCUCGGCGUGCAACAUUCCCCAGUCAGCUUCUGAAGCAACACUCCCUGUCUCUAUGUGAAGAUCUGUCAGAUGCCGAGAAGGUGUAUGCUGAGUGUGGCCAGCAUGGCCCUCUGCCUUGGGAGGAGUGUAUUCUCCCUGAUCGCAUGAAACGAUGUGUGAAGAUUGGGGAAGGGACGUUUGGGGAGGUCUUCUCCACCACCAAUGCUUCAGGAGAUACUGUAGCUCUCAAAAUCAUUCCAGUGGAGGGUCAAGAGAAGGUGAACGGGGAGGAUCAGAAGAACUUUGGAGAGAUUCUUCAUGAGAUUAUCAUCUCAAAGGAGCUGAGCAGCCUGAAAGAGAAGCAGCAGAACCAGACUUGUGGGUUUAUUGGACUCAAUGACCUUCACUGCGUUAAAGGCAACUACCCACCAGAUUUCCUGAAAGCUUGGGACCUGUUUGACCGACGCAAAGUCUCUGAGAAUGACAGACCAGAUUUCUUUGAAAAUAAUCAGCUUUUCAUAAUCCUGGAGUUUGAGUUUGGAGGCGUAGAUUUGGAGCACAGCAACGGAAAGCUGGCGUCUUUAGCAGUGGCAAAGAGCAUCCUCCAUCAGGUCACUGCUGCUCUGGCUGUUGCUGAGCAGGAACUACACUUUGAACACAGGGACCUCCACUGGGGAAAUGUGCUGGUUAAAACAACCAAGCAGAAGACUCUGAACUUCCUCCUCAAUGGAACAGGUCACUGUGUGGAAACCAGUGGAGUUGUGGUCCACAUCAUUGACUAUUCUCUCUCCAGGCUUGAAAUUGAUGAACUGACGGUGUCCUGUGAUAUCUCCAAUGAUCAGGAGCUGUUCAUGGGCCAGGGAGACUACCAGUUUGAAAUCUACAGACUGAUGAGACAAGAGAAUGGAAACAACUGGAGCGACUACUACCCCCACUCCAAUGUGCUGUGGCUCCACUACCUGAGCUCCAAGCUGCUUGCUCUGAAGUACCGAAACUCCAGGGGGAAGGGUACUCAGAGUACGCGCAAGGAGCUGACUGGUUUCCAUGACAACGUCCUCCAGUACCGCUCUGCCACAGAGGCUCUGCAGAACUGUCCAAUGUUUAACACCACCAACUAGCUGUACUGGAUCACAAAUCAAACUCUUUGUAUAUCAAACAAAAUGUUUGAAGUUGGCGAACAAAAUGAGCAAAAACAAAGCCCAAUCUCACUGUUUAAUGUUAUUAAGUAGAUUAGAAUGGACAAAUAAAAGCUAACUGUGUUUGUUUUGUAAUCAUGGAUACAUUUGUGAUUUAUUAUUGUUUGAUUUCUUGACUGGAUUUUUAUUUUUAAUUGGAUGGAUGGAUGGAUGGAUGGAUGGAUGGAUUGAGUUAGAAUAGCAGACUGGAUGCUGAGGGUUGUGCUUGAGAUCAUUGGACUUCUGGUCGCCGUGGUUACCACCUACAAGACUGUCAUCAGUCCUUUGAUCAACAAGACUAAUAAAUUGUGUAUUUAGCUGUA